AUGUGCUCAAUGAACGAAUCUUACUACGAGGCCAUCAAACAAGGAUAUCGCGAGUUGGUGGAGGAGGACAGUUCGGAAAGAGCGGCAUUGCUCAAAGAGAAGCGCGAGUCGGCCUCCUAUAACUUUAUGGCUGUUUUCUAUGGUUUUGACGAUAACGGAUACGAAGCUGAUGAUGAGUGUGAGGAUAAAGAAAUCCAGAAAGCAAACCAGCCAAACAAGCAGAGCGUCAAUGUCUAUGUGGAAAUCCUAAAUGACGAUGACACAGAGUCUGAUGGUGACGAAUCCGAUUCGGAGUCUUUUUCUGAGAGCAGUUUCACUGGAUCGAGCAGUGCAGAUGAGUCAAAUGACGGGUCUGAUGACUCGGAGGGCAACGAGAAUGGGGAAAACUGCAUCAAUAUUUUGUUCUCCAACAUGAUAUUUGAAAAGAUCCACUAA